AAUAAUGAACUAGAAAAGAACUGAAGAAAUCUGAAAACUCAACCAGUCCACUGGAUCCCAUAUAACUAUAAUUAAUGGACUAGAACUCAUCUGAAACUACCAAAUUACCCUUCGGAACCCUAAUCCCUCUUUCAUCCAACUAAACUCGGCAAUUCAGGAAACUCAUCUGUUUCUUGAUUCUGGGUUCUGGGCGUCAAUGGCGUAUAUACGCAGCCUCACUACCAGAUCAACCCUUCUAAAACAGCAGUACCGCCCUGCAUUUACUUUCUCUCUUCAUCAUCAAGAUCAUUAUGAUGAUCACAAACAACACAACAACUCCAUUGAUGAAUUCUCAUAUGUUCAAGAAAGGGGAUUUCGUAGCAAAAGCAGCGGCAGCUUUAAUAUUAAAUCGUUUCAAGAAAUUAGACUCAGGGAUGCUUAUUCUCUUUCGCCAAGUAUUGGGGCUUCCUUCUGUCGCUACAUGUCGACUACAACAGUUGGGGAAGGGUCUGAUCAUAAAAUUGAGCUGAUGAGUGAUGUUGCUGAUGUAGUGAUUACAGACACUAGUGCUCAAUCCGUUGCUGCAGCUUCUGCUGUUAACGAGGUUGCUGCUGCUGCUGCUGAUUGUUUUCCACCUGUUGCUGUUCUUCAUCAUAUUAUUGAUGCUGUUCAUAAUUUAACUGGUUUCAAUUGGUGGGCUUCAAUUGUUUUAACAACUUUGGUAAUUAGAACUUUAAUGGUUCCGCUGAUGAUAAAUCAACUCAAAGCUACUUCAAAACUCACUCUCAUGAGGCCACGUUUGGAGGAGAUCAAGCAACAAAUGCAAGAUACUGGUAUGGAUCCUGCAACUAUAGCUGAAGGCAAUAAACAAAUGAAAAUGCUUUUCAAGGAAUAUGGUGUGAGUCCUUUUACUCCUAUGAAGGGGCUCUUUAUUCAAGGUCCUGUCUUUGUCUGUUUUUUCCUAGCUAUCAGAAACAUGGCAGAAAAUGUGCCGUCCUUCAAAAACGGGGGAGCAUUUUGGUUUGUUGAUUUGUCGACACCAGAUAGUCUAUAUAUCUUUCCAGUUUUGACAGCAUUGACUUUCUGGAUCACUAUAGAGCUCAACAUGCAAGAAGGUUUGGAAGGAAAUCCUGUUGCUGGUACCAUGAAAAAUAUAUCUAGGGUCUUUGCUGCUCUUACAGUUCCAUUGACCAUGGGUUUCCCCAAGGCUAUAUUCUGUUAUUGGGUAACAACCAACUUAUUCUCGUUUGCUUAUGGUGGAGUGCUUAAACUUCAUGGGGUAAAGAAGUUCUUAGGUGUUCCUGAAAUACCUGUGGCUCCACCAAGUGCUACCUCGCAGUCUUCCUUCAGUUUGUCAUCAGCUCUAAAACGAGCCCUUGCAGCAAAACAGGAACCUGCCACAUCAUCAUCUUCACCUUCAGAUCUUAGUCAGAAGAUUCAAACUCUAGAGAAGCAAGUAAAGGGAAGAAAGAGAAACGCGAGGCGGUAGUCGAGUACUUUUUCCUGUUCUGGUGCUCACUAACCUUUUUCUUUUUGCAAUAACCAGAAAUGAGGUAAAUGUAGUAUCAAUCAUAUUCUUUGUUUUCUGAUAAAGGAAAUAGCCAAGAGAUGGUAGCUCAUAUAAUUUUAUUAAGUGGGCAAAAGGGUUGAUGCCCCAUUAUUUCAAUUAAUUUGAGUAUAUCUUCACAGAUAAUAGUUCAGCACAAUGUUAAAAGUACUUGUAGCUGUAGAAUUGAGGUUGUGGUGCUGGUCACAUAUUUCCUUAGUAUCUUGGUUCUGCUAAAAGAUGAUUCUACCGCA